CAACGCAUGGCAUCGACGUCAGGAUGUCAGUCUGACGUACAUUUCUCUCUCUGCCUUUCUUCCGGCGGCGACGGCUACGCCAGGUGCCAAGGUCGUCGGGCCCUUCGCCGGCGACGAGCAGCCACCAGCAAGGGAGGCCCCCACUGUGAAUUUUAUAAAACCAAAGGGAGAAACAACACUGUACAAAGGCGACACAGCAUGGGAAGGAGGGGCAACACAAUAAGCAGGCCCUGGGGAGGCAGAGGAACUAGGCUAGAGGGACUAUACAGGAAAGGAAUUCUAGACGCUUUACAACAUUGAACCUAUGAGCUUGAAGCCUAGCUUCUUCACAGAAGGAGUUCUUCCAAGAGAUAAAAGAAGGCCGACCCCUAUCAAAGGUGAAAUUGUUUCUCUGCUUCCAAAUUUGCCAUGCCGCAAUGGUGAAGAACUCCAUGAUAAAGGACAAAGUUGCAUCUGAAGUGGAUACUUAGAGAUGAUGAAUGAGUCUUUUCUUGAUAGGAUGGCUUCCCAACUUCGGUCAACCUGCAAGUACUACACUGGAUAUCCCAAGGACCUAGGGUCAUCAAGAAUUAUACCAUUCACAUCUGAGCGUCAGUUUGUGCAGCUAUUGCAUGAAGGCAGGCCUGUAGUUGUUGCCUUUACUAUUAAGUGCUCUUACACACAGCAUCUUGACAAACUACUGGAAGAGGCUGCUGCUACAUUUUAUCCGCAUGUCAAGUUUGUCCGAGUUGAGUGCCCGAAGUAUCCAGGGUUUUGCCUCACCAGGCAAAGGAACGAAUAUCCAUUUGUUGAAGUAUUUUACAGCCCAGAACAGGCUUCAAGCCAAGGAAAGAGCGUGGAUCCUAACAUCACAAAGUAUUCUGUAAAAGUGCUACCUUUCAACUAUGAUCAGAGCGUGUAUGGAUUUCGAGAAUAUUUCAGGAAGCAUGGUUUCAAGUAUUCUGAAACAAACUAGAUCUGUCAUUAAAAAUCUGCCUUAAGAGUAAUCCUAGGGUCUUGAGUAGCAUGGAGGCCAGUUGUUUGGAAUUGAAAUGCAGUGAGGCUCCACUGGUGUAGGUGGUGUCUUCACUCUUAACUAGUUUAUUCAAGGACCUGUUUGGUUGCUAUGGCUACGCAGGCAAGUUCCUGGUGCUGUGUAGAAUCUCAGUGGUCCGAUUUCUUUUUGGUUUGGAUCCUGGAAAAAAGAUGCCUGGCCUAGGCAGCAAUUCCAGGCCCAGGACAGUAACCAAACAGGCCAGUGCUUUGGGGUGCUGAUUAAUGCCUGGGCAGGCCAUAAACCAAACAGGCCUCAUGUCAUGUAGUAAUAGUGUAAAAAAACACUCAGCUAGGAGUGAGUUUCUUUUCUUUUUUCCUCAAAAAAAAAAAGGAGCGAGUUUCUUUUUCU